UUUUCUUUACAUUUUCCUUCCCCGUUUAUUAUUUUUUAUCAUUAUUGUUCAACUCUCCCCGAAUCUCCUACUCCUCCUCCUUUUUUUCCCUAAUUGUUAUUCCAAAAUCACUUCUCUCUCUCUCUCUCUCUUCCCCAAAUUCCCAAAUUUUUUUUUCCUCAUCGAUUUGGUUUUUACUGACUCUGGAGCGAAUCCAAGGCGCGGAGUUUCCGUGGAUGAAUCGCGGUUUUGAGAGGCGGGUUUUGGGUCAAAAUCGCGUCUUUGGAUCGGAAACAGUGGUUGAUGUUGCGAAUUUGGCGAGGGGAUUGAAGUAGAAGCAGCGCUGCGGAGGGUGUUUUUAUGGCGGGGUUAUGCUGCUUCAAGAGUUCCUGUACUGAGUCGGCAGAUCAACCUUCAAGCGAUGCUGGCAAAGGGAAAAGCACUCAAGGCCGCAUAAAAGUGAACUAUGGAUUUAGUCUCAUAAAAGGGAAGGCGAAUCAUCCAAUGGAAGAUUAUCACGUCGCCAAAUUUGUAUCAAUGAGGGGGCACGAGCUUGGUCUAUUUGCUAUCUUUGAUGGCCAUUUAGGAGAGAGUGUACCAGCUUAUCUACAAAAGAACUUGUUUGCCAAUAUUCUGAAUGAGGAAGAUUUUUGGACGGACCCGCAAAGGGCAAUUUUCAGAGCCUAUGAGAAAACCGACAAGGCAAUUCUUUCUCACAGUCCCGACCUGGGGCGAGGUGGAUCAACUGCUGUUACUGCUAUUCUCAUAGAUGGUAGGAAGUUGUGGGUAGCUAAUGUUGGUGAUUCGCGAGCAGUUCUUGCGAAAGGUGGGUCAGUGAUUCAGUUGAGUGUUGACCACGAACCGAGUGCGGAGCGUGGAAUAAUUGAAAAUAGAGGUGGUUUUGUUUCAAACAUGCCAGGAGAUGUUCCUCGAGUUAAUGGCCAGUUAGCUGUUUCCCGUGCCUUUGGAGAUAAGAGCCUCAAAUCUCACUUGCAGUCAGAGCCUGACAUAAGAGAUGCAGACAUAAAUGCUGAUGCUGAAGUACUCAUCCUCGCAAGUGAUGGCUUGUGGAAGGUGAUGAACAAUGAGGAAGCAGUGGAAAUUGCGAGAAAGUUUAAGGACCCACAAGCAGCGGCGAGGCAAUUGACCGCUGAAGCAUUAAGCAGAGAAAGCAAGGAUGAUAUAUCAUGCAUUGUUGUCCAAUUCAAGACAUGAAGCGGCUCUCGAUUCUUUCACAUUGUAGCCCCUAAGAUCUCGAUAUAUUGGGUUGGAUUUCUGAUAAAGUUAGUUAUAGACUGCGAAAAUAUUAGGGCAGGCUUGUUAGUUGUGCUUACUUGUAAAUGCUUUCUUAUUUCGUUCAUUUUUGGUGGGUUUUAUAUUUGUUUGAUUUCCGUGUCAAUGCCUUAGCUAGUCGACCGAAAGUUACACUUUUCUUCACGCGCUCGCAAAAGCGGUAUUUAGUUUGAUUGAUGGUUAAUGGAAUUGUUACAUUUUUCGUAGCUAUAAGAUCCUACUGUUACUUUUUCUCAUUA